AUGGCCGAUGCGCAGCCGCAAUGUCGGCUGAUGAAUCUUCCGGUGGAUGUCCAUCAGAUGAUCGUAAAGUCAUUGGACCUACCAGAUAUUUUAUUUCCUCCUGCAUACCGACAAGAGCGCAUCAAUGGUAUUCCGACGGGCGAGAAUAAUUUCGACGACCAGCAUGCAAAGUACUAUGGCACUGAUCGCAACAAUAAGGACCACCCUGGCGCCUACGCCCUUUUGCAUUGGAGCUCGACUUGCCGCUUCUAUCGACGGCAUUUUGAAGCUCGCAUUCUUCGCCAUGUCGUGCUUCGAACUCAUCUGAAGUCGAUCGAAUCAAUAGAAGCUCUCUCUCGAACACCACGAUGGCGACAUGUAAAGAAUUUGCUCGUAUGCAAUACCCUUGCGACACUGAGUCAAGGCGCCAGAGACGCGUACACGGAACGGUCUCGUGAUAUUGAAUACGAAGAGGACGACGUCUUGUCACACUGGCCCGAAUUUCCGCUGUCCCGUCUCUCUGCGCUCUUGUCGAACCUGCCGCCCAACUUGGAGGCGCUCACCCUUGAUUUCCCCUGGCACUGGAUCGACAUGGUGGACAGCUGCAUGGAAUUCAGUGCUACGGGGGAUUUUGGGCGCAUGAUCCUUGUUAUUCUACGCGGAAUAUGCCAGAACAACCUCGCAGCCAAGUCUAGUUUCACACUAAGACUGGUCAAUCUUCCCAAAGGGAGUACAGAGUGCACCCCCAAAGAGAGCCAUGGUCUGAAGGGUCUCCUUAAUUGUGUGACAGACUGCCAGAUCUCACUGGCUCAUUGGAACAAUGGAGCAGGCUGGGAGCAGAACAAGGUCAUGGACAUGGAGAGCUUCACCAGAAGCCUGGGGCCAACUUUUAUCCAGCACUUGACAAACGUCGACACACUCGAGCUUCAGGCCAAUUAUUCUUGCCCUAUCGGUCUGGCUCCGGGAUGUGGCCAUCUCGAUUUUCCCCAGCUCUCUCAUGGUCUUCGGUUCCAUCGCCUUCGAAAGCUCACGCUCGACCACUUCUUCAUCGACGAUCCGCUGAUGGCAUUCGUGACCUUGCAAAGUCCGAAUCUGGAGCAUUUGACGCUGCUCGGCUGUGGUGCCAGCGGCCCCAAUACAUCGUCCGAAGUGGCCGAUCCGCCGACAUGGGCCGAAUUCUUCACGCGCCUCAAUACAGGCGCCACGAACCUCCGGUCCCUGUCACUGCGACAUACAUACCCCAACAGUCGUUUGCUUGACAUGGACGCACACGGCGAAAAGUCCGACGACAUCAAAUCAGCCCAUGUUGCACUGGAACACCAGGCCUCGCAGCAUCAUAUCACCACUGAAAGGGAUUGGGCGCGUCGGAAACAGGUCCUGCCCCACCACAUCCUCGAUGAUAAAUAUGGCAUCUUGUUCGACGACCAAGACGAGAACGCGGUUCGCUUCUUGCAGGGCGACGACCACCGCGCUCUGUUGGUGCUGUGGGAUGCCAUGGAGUCAAGAGGCGGCGAGGGCGUCAUCUACCUUCCUCACCUCACCCCUCCACUAGAUUGA